AAAAAUGUUUGUGUAUGGCAUUUAAUUGUAUUUCUACAACACAUGCUUUUUUUCACCCCAACUUAAUUUUUGAAUGAUAUCUUUCUCCUUUUGUAUAGUGAAAUUGAAUGGUGGCAGACAUGUCCAAGGAAUACUGCGAGGAUUUGAUCCCUUUAUGAAUCUUGUGAUAGAUGAAUGUGUGGAGAUGGCAACAAGUGGACAACAGAAUAAUAUUGGAAUGGUGGUAAUACGGGGAAAUAGUAUCAUCAUGUUAGAAGCCUUGGAACGAGUAUAGACAGCGGUUGUUCAGAAGUCAAAAUGCUUCCAUAUGUUCUUCAUUGUAUCUUUCUAUGAUAUAAAAUUGGGUUGUGUACGUUUUCUUGAAUGUUUUUGUUAAGUAAAUUUUUAUAACAGUCAAAAA